GGUCAUACCUGGACAGUUGGUUUGUUGGGUAUUGUUGGAGUAGGUCUCAGUCCAUACCGCACCGCCGCGCUGCCCGCCUUCUCAUUGUAACAUGAGCACCAAGGAGCGCGAGGGCGAGGCCCCCCGAGGGGCGGCGGAGGAGGAGCUCGCCCAGAAGGCGAUGGGGGACUACGGCAAGUGGCAGCUGGGCAUCAUCUUGCUGAUGUGUGGUCUCAAGCUGCCCAUUGCGUGGGUACAGCUGGGCAUUGUGUUCCUAGCAGCCCCCAUGCCCUUCCACUGCGACAACGGUACCCAGACCUGCACCACGGACCAAGGUGGUGAAUGCCACAAGUGGGUCUACGACAGGAGUGUGUUCUCUGAGACAAUCAUCAGUGAGUGGGACCUAGUGUGCAGCCGUCUUCAGCUGGUCAACGUAACUCAGAUGGUGCUGAUGAUUGGAAUACUUGUGGGCAACAUCAUAUUCAGCAUUGCUGCCGACAGGUUUGGUCGCAAGACGCCCCUAGUGUUUGCUGGCACGGUACAGAUGCUGACUGGGGUCAGCGCCAGUUUCUCCCCUUGGUUCAGCGUCUUCCUCGUCCUCAGGUUCCUUCAGGCUGUCGCUACAGGAGGAAUGAUGACCAUUAGCUUCGUCCUCUGUAUGGAGGUCCUGAGUGGUCAGAUGCGUACAACCGUCACCACCCUGUCUCACAUCCCCUUCAACAUCGGCCACGAGAUGAUGGUGGGCAUCGCGUACUUCGUUAGAGACUGGCGUCACUUCCAACUGGUGACUAGUUUGCCAUCAGCCCUCAUUAUCACAUUCCUCUGGUUGGUUCCAGAGAGUCCUCGUUGGCUCCUAGCCGUGGGGAGGUAUGACGAGGCAAUGGUGGUGCUGCGGAAGGCAGCCGCUGUGAAUAACAACCCGAUACCUGCUGACGUCACACUUACAAAGACGGAAAAACAAAGGAUCGACAUAUCCGAGGAGAAGAAGGCCAAUAUCCUUGAUUUGCUGCGGACGCCCAACAUGCGCAGCAAGACGUUGGCGAUGAGUUUCAACUGGAUGGCAUGCGGGCUGUGUUUCUAUGGCUUGGCACAGUACGUCAGCACGAUCGGAGGCAAUAUCUUUGUCAACGUAGCUUUGGCCGGAUCAUUUGUGAUACCAGGCAUGCUGAUAACUCUUUACACUCUGGACAAGUUUGGCCGCAAGUUCACUUUAAUCAGUGGACAAUUCCUGGCUUCACUUUGCUGCUUUCUAAUUAUAUUUUUCCCUGAAGCUCCAGGCAAGUCAGAUUUCCCCCGAGUGGCCUUAGCGUCCCUGGGUAUUCUAGGAAUGGGUAUCUCGUUCCCCACAGCGUAUUUGUACAGCGGGGAACUGUUCCCGACAGUUGUACGUAACGUAGGAGUUGGUACAGGGUCGAUGAGUGCUAGAGUAGGCUCUAUGGUGGCACCGUUUGUGGCCUCACUGAGUUUCUAUGGGGAGAUGUUGCCUCCUUUAGUGUUCAGCCUAGUCCCUCUGGCAGCAGGAAUUCUCGGGUUAUUGCUUCCUGAGACAAGAAACACGCAACUACCUCAAACACUGGAGGAAGGAGAACUUUUUGGAAAAAAACACAAACCACCGACCCAAAGUCAGAUAGAAGGGGUUAAGAAUGAAGCUUACAUAAACGACCACCAAGCUUAAGUAGUGAAGCACAAGUUACCUUACCUUUUAUGAUAAUGAGGUAUAGAUCUUUUUGAUAACAAAGAUAAUCCAUAGUUCACAAGAUCUGAGGUAUUUAGUCUUGGUUAUUAACAAAGGAAUCCACAUGAUGCUACAAAGUAUAAAGUUAAAUUUUUUGUAGAUGUAAAGCCACCUCUAAUACAAGUAAGGGGCAAUGUCACAUUCUGGUCUACGGAAACAGCUGUUGCACUAAUUCAUAUUGAAGCAUCUGGGAAAUGUUUUUUUACAUAUUUUUUUAUUAUUGUAGUUACCAUGGCAAUAGGUUGGCCUGUGCAAUGUUGCCACACACCAACAACCGCGGCCUUGAACUAGAGGCUAUGGUAGAAGUGGUUCAUUUAAGGCAAUUUAUUUAUACUUUUUUUGGUCUUUGAAGUCAACAAGUAGUCAAGACUCAAUGGAAAUGUUAUAAAAUAGUCUGCUUUAAUGUUGUUGUAUUGUUUAUUUUAACUGGACUUCUCUAACUUACAACCAUUUACUCUAAAUUUAACUGUGAAUUGACAUUCCAUCCAAAUUUUCACUGAUCUUAUUUCGUCUUGUAUGUAUAUAUUGUAAAUAUUACUGUAGUAGUUAUAUUGUAAAUAUUUAAAGACAGUAGUUAAGUUAUUUGCUUUAAAAACUUAGCUUGGAUUUGUGAUCUUUUACAUCACUCAUUUCAUAGCACUAGUAGUGAUAAAUUUGUAUGGCUUUGUAAAAGUGGAUAAUAACAUCUUGAAAGAAUAAUAAUAAAAAUUAUUAUUAUUAAACAGCAGUUUGAUGUUUUGUUUG